UACUUCAACUAGUGACGCUAGUGACACUGCCCGCCAUUAAUUCGCAUCAAACGUCGGCUUGGCGUUCAUUUGAGGCUCAUCGUCCCUCCAGUUUUUGUACCGGCUUUGGGUUCAGUGUUUUUCUGUCGAAUAUCGGCGAACAUCCACUAUAUAAAAUGGCAGAUGAAUAUUUCUUUGCAUUGACCCUUAAAGGAAAGAAUACCAAUGAAGUUUGGGAUCCGGAAGCAAAAGGGGCUGGUGCGGAGGACUACCAAGGAGGACACAAACUUAUCAUCAAGCAAGCUCUGUUGGGACCGGGAGCGACAGAAGGAGAAGUAAAUGUUAUACAAGUAGAGGCAAUGACAUGGAAAGAUUCCGUUAAAAUACCUAUUGCCACCCUAAAAGCUGGGGGUGCGAACAACCAGGUCUUACUCGAUUUGUCCUUUCCAGACCCUCCAGUAACAUUUACUCUGAUUCAAGGCAGUGGGCCAGUUCAUAUAGUAGGACACCACUUGAUUGGUGGCCCCAUUGAGGAGUUUGACGAAAUGGAUGAAAUGGAGGAAGAAAUGAUUGAGGAUGACGAAGGCGAAGAAGGAGCAUUUCUAGGAAAAUCCGUUAAAUUUAAACUCCGCAAGCGGCUUGGAAAUUUCAUAGCUAAGAAACUGGAAGAGGAAGAAGAUGACGAGGAGCCCAAGUCGAAAAAAGCGAAAACUAACAGUGUAAAAGGAAAGACGUCGGCGAAGAAUAACACCAAGGCUAAGAAAUAAGUAUUCUGUUCCAUGCUAGACUUAGGGUUAACUUUUAUGUUUGGAAUUUGUAUGUUACUUUAGUGUUUUUGUCAUCCCUCAGUGAUCGUUGGUAACAUCAUUCACAAUUUUAUGAAACAGUUCGAACAUAACAUAUUUUUUUUAUAUUUAUAAUUGUAAAUUUUAAGGUCAAAACACUACACUACAAGGAGAUCCGGUGUUGUAAAUAUACUAUCUCAUUAAAGUAGGUUUUUUCUAAAGUUUGUUUUUAAUUUAGAUAAGAGCGGUUCAGUUUGAUUAAAUCUGAUUGGAGCAGUA